AUGGUCCUCCAAACCUACCGCAACCUCUCCCCACGCGCCCGCCUCGGCGUCGGCAUCGCAUUCACCCUCUGGGGCCUCAUCGGCCUCAAGCUGUCUGACAAGGCCGAAGAAAAGCUCGGCUAUACUCCCACCGAAGAGGAUCGCAGGGCGCUGGAGAGGUACAAGCCUCGGAUUAUCGAGGUCGAGAAGGAGGUUGAGAAAGUUGUCAGGGCUGAGAAAUGA